CCCCCAACUCAACCCAAAUAUCGAGCUCGGACGUGGACUUGUAACCGCUGGGUCCAUAGACCAAGCGUGGCGCAGGUCCGCGGGAAGUCCCGAUCCGAUUCGGAGCACGAGUUAAGUUCUCGAAUUUUGCUUUCACGAGAUAGAACGAGAGAGUUGGUUCUCAUCCGGGGAGUUACCCUCUGAGGAACCAGGACCCUGUCACUUCUCUCACUAGAUUCUAGAGAGAGAGAGAGAAGACGCAGGUGAUGCGCAUGUAUCUGCAAUAAUUGAAGAGAAGAGACCAAUCGAAUGGAGAGCAAAAGCAACAAUAUCAAUUCAGUGUUCUAUGCAGAUUCCUAUCACCCAAUUCAAGCUGGAAGCAUCGAUGGCACUGAUAUCCUUCCCCAUGACAACGCUGUUUAUCGCGCCUUCCUCUGUUCCUCUGCUGGCCUCUAUGACCCAACUGGGGACCCCAAGGUUAUCGGCGAUCCAUAUUGCACUGUCUUUGUUGGACACCUUUCUCCUCACACAGGCGAAGAAUCGCUGCGCAAGGCAAUGAGCAAGUAUGGGCGCGUGAAGAACUUGCGAUUGGUUAGACACAUUGUGACUGGUGCAUCACGGGGCUAUGCUUUUGUAGAGUUCGAAACUGAAAGGGAGAUGUGGCAUGCAUAUGAGGAUGCUCACCAUUCCAUCAUUGAUGAUAGUGAAAUAAUUGUUGAUUAUAGUCGACAGCAGCUGAUGCCUGGAUGGAUCCCUCGAAGAUUAGGAGGUGGCCUUGGUGGUAGAAAGGAAUCAGGUCAGCUACGCUUUGGAGGCCGAGAAAGACCAUUCCGAGCUCCUCUGCGCCCAAUUCCAUACGAUGAACUGAAGAGGCUGGGAAUUCCAUUACCCCCAGAAGGGCGAUAUAUGUCACGGUUUCAGAUUCCACCAAUUCCAAGGAGGAGCCCUAUAGAAGAGCGUUCACACAAGCACUCUGCUGUUGAUGGGGCAGAGCCAUCAUCUCGCCGUGCUUUAGAUGAUGCAGCUGAGAAGAGCUCUUCUAAUAGUCAUAGACAUGGCCAAUCUUCUAAACAGUCUAAAAGAAGGCGGGAUUGGGAUGAAGAGAGACAAAGAGAUGGAAACUACAUGGAUGAUGGAAGUAGUGAUGAUUAUAAAAGAGCGCAAGAAAGGAGAAGCACCAGCAGUCACUACCAACACCAUGGAAAGCACUCUCAUCGGCGCGAAAGACGAUCAAAAAGUGUCGACAAUCAACCUCCUUGAGCACAUCUUGAUUGGAUGUUCUAGAUCCGAAAUAAGAGAUGGUGUUGGAGAUAUCUGGACCAUGCAUGCAGCUCAUGGUCUUGAUGCUGAGGCUCUAAACACCUCUUCUAAUUAAAAUUUUGAGGGGCGGUUUUUCUUUUUAGUUUGGUUAAUUAAUUUUAACACCUUGUGCAACAUUAAUGAGAUAAACUGUGAAAUAGAAACAAAUCAACUAAGCAAAAAAGCCCGGUUUCAAAGUUCA